AAGACCAUUGUAGCCUUCCUAAAAGAAAGAAAAUGGAAUCCUGAAAUCGUAGUUAGCUGAACAGUCGAGCAAUUCUGAGAGAAUAUUAGAAGAACAAUUUGGAAGUACGAUUACACUGCUACACACAUUAUUGAACAGCGGCUGGAUCUUGCUAAAGAUUGGAGAGCAUCCCCUCGACCUCCCUCCCCUCUGAAUCAAUGGAAGGGUCCGACAGUCUAGAGCAGAGUGGCGGUGACCAGCCAGAGUCACAACGCAGGAGGCAGCGGGACCGCCUGGACAGGGAGGAGGCCUUCUACCAGUUUGUCAACAAUCUAAGUGACGAGGACUAUCGUCUCAUGAGGGACAACAAUCUAUUGGGCACCCCGGGAGAGGUGACAGAGGAUGAGCUGUUUAGUAGACUUCAGCAAAUAAAGGAUGGUCCUGAUCAGCAUAGUAACAAUACUAAUGCUCCCAGCACUGAAAGUGUAGAAGAUCCAGUUGAACCACCAGAAAACUCUGAGGAUCCUGCCAAUGGGGACAGUCUCUUAGAUUGGCUGAACACCGUGAGGCGCACAGGCAACACAACCAGAACUGGUCAUCGUGGAAACCAGUCAUGGCGGGCCGUAAGCCAGACCAAUCCAAACAGUGGCGAUUUUCGCUUCAGCCUGGAAAUCAGUGUGAAUCGCAAUCUGGCUGAACAGCAGGCAGCUGGGGAAGGGGAACAAGAGUCUCAAGAGUCUCCAGAGGGUCAAGAAGUGGUGGCAAAUGGUGAUCCCCAGGUGUCCGUUGCGGAUCCCCAGGGGUCCGUUGCGGAUCCCCAGCUGUCUGUUGCGGAUCCCCAGCUGUCUGUUGCGGAACCCCAGCUGUCUGUUGCGGAACCCCAGCUGUCUGUUGCGGAACCCCAGCUGUCCGUUUCGGAACCCCAGCUGUCCGUUUCGGAACCGCAGGUGACCGUUGCUGAUCCGCAGGUGACCGUUGCUGAUCCGCAGGUGACCGUUGCUGAUCCGCAGGUGACCGUUGCUGAUCCGCAGGUGACCGUUGCUGAUCCGCAGGUGACCGUUGCUGAUCCGCAGGUGACCGUUGCUGAUCCCCAGUUGUCCAUUGCUGAUCCCCAGAUAAGCAUUGCCGAUCCCAAUAGGACCAUGACCGAACCCCAUUUUCCCAUGGCUGAUUCCGCGGUGUCCAUGGCUGAUCCUGCAGUGUCCAUUGCAGAACAACAGGUGCCCAUGGAGUUAGAAGUAGUGGAGGAACCCGUGGUUGAGGAAUUGGGUGUCAUAGUGGAACCACAGCCUGAAUUACAAGAUGUUUCACAAGAGAUGUUUGGAGAACCACCCUGGUCACCUGUCACCCUAACAGUACAGCCACCGCUUUCUCCUUUACCACGCAGAGGACAAAGGAGAGCCCGCAGCCCCAGUCCAGAGCCUCGCAGGACUAGGGCACGUACAGCCAGGAGCCGCUCCCCUCUCAAUCUGGAUCAACGUAAUUCAAAUAAUGCUCACAGUGCUCAAGGCCUCGACUCUCCCACAAAUACGCCUCUUGUGCCUCAAAUGGAGGGCAGUUCUCGGACUCGACAACAUGUUCCUUCUAGGCAAAGCACUGCUGACAGUGAUGUUCAACCAUCUCGGGCGGGUGCAGAAACGGUCCCAGAGCCCGGAAAUAUGGCAUCUCAGGAAGGAGAAGCUGCUGUGGGUGAAGGGGCUGCAGCAGGGCGCCGUCCCCCUACUAUUAUGCUUGAUCUCCAGGUGCGCCGUGUGCGUCCAGGCGAAUAUCGCCAAAGAGACAGCAUUGCCAGUCGAACGCGCUCACGCUCUCAGAACUCGAACAACACAUUCCUUUAUGAGAGUGAACGUGGUGGAUUUCGUAGGACUUUCUCACGCUCUGAGCGUGCUGGUGUGAGGACCUACGUUAGCACUAUUCGCAUCCCUAUCCGAAGAAUCUCUGAUGCAGGUUUGGGAGAGGCAACCUCAAUGGCUCUUCAAUCUAUGAUUAGGCAGAUAAUGACUGGCUUCGGUGAACUUGGCUACCUCAUGGAUUCAGACUCUGACUCUUCAGAUUCAAACCGUGGAGCCAGCACACCUGCAGAUGUAGCUGAAGCCCUCAACCACCCAGAUGCUACUCCUGCUCCUGUUGCUGAUGUUGAUGAGGCACCUGUGGCUACAGGAGUCAGAGCAAGGACAGCUGAAUCUGAAAUUGAUGACGGCCUUUCAACUGCUCCACCGCCCUCUGGGGGAAGGGCUCGACCUAGACCGCCUAUCGGCCUGGAGGAGCCGAGCUCAUUGCCCUUCCUCCGUCUUGCCCAUUUCUUCCUCCUGAAUGAUGAUGACGAGGACCAGCCCCAAGGGCUAACCAAAGAGCAGAUUGACAACCUCGCAAUGCGCAACUUUGGUGAGAGUGAUGCCUUGAAGACUUGCAGUGUAUGCAUAACAGAAUAUGCGGAAGGUAACAAGCUACGUAAGCUGCCCUGCUCUCACGAGUAUCACGUGCACUGCAUUGAUCGCUGGCUCUCCGAAAACUCCACUUGCCCCAUCUGCCGCAGGGCUGUCUUGGUAUCGGCCAACAGAGAGAGUGUGGUGUAGCUUGUUAAAGACUGUGGGCCUUUUGUCUCAACCUAAGUAAUCAAAUAUACUAAGUCCAAAAGGGGCUUUGAAUGUGUUUCCACCAUUGAAAUGUUUUCCCUUCAUGCCAUUUGUGAGUUUGAUCACAAUACAUUCACAGGUUUGAUUUGGGCUGCACUAUACAGUGACCCUGGGACAUAUUCAGUCUUAAGUAAGACAUUUAUUAUUGCAGUCCAAAGUUAGGCACAAGCAAUGCAUGCUGUUUGAAUCAACUUGUAGUGACCAAGCAGUCUGUUGCAUUGCAUUAAGCCACACAAGCAGACUGCUAUCUCUUAAAGAAUCCCCUGGUUAUAAAUACUGCACAUCUGCAGGUGGUUGCAGCACAUCUGCUCUUUUGUAUUAACUCGUAAAUGGCGCCUUAUGUACCGGAAGUUGGGUAUUGGUACAGUUCUUAGUUACACAAGUUCAAAGUAUUAGCUGUAAAUACGCUUGUAAAAAUAAUUUUCAAUCAUACUUUGUAUUAGUGAAUUUGGUUUUGAAUUGUAAAAUAUCUCAAAGAUUAGGGUUGUGUUAGCUGCAAUUACUCUCAGAGCACCCCUGAAUUUGCUGUUGAACAAAUAGGUGGUAUACGUGUACCCAGCUGAAAUAUUUAGAGUUGAUGAUGUCCAAAGGAUGUAGGACACAAUUGGGUUUUCCAUUAACAGUGUGACUUGUGCUUUUCCUUUUUUGUUCACUUAAAAGAAACAAUCUACGGUUUUGGGGUGACAUUUAGAUUUUUGUACAGACGCAGGAGAAAGAUGACUCAAACCAGGCUAGUUUUGCAAAAGCUUAUUUUGGAAUCAUAGCAUCCUUAUUUUCUUGAUCAUUGAAACAAUUGAGUAGCAUUCAUUCCAUAAAGGAAUAAUGACUCAAUAUUGGAUGUCAAUAUUGGGUUUACAUCAAGUUGUUGGCAUGUAAAUUUACUCACCUCAAAAAUCCUCUCACGGGCAUGACGUGUAAAACAAUUUGAAUAUACGUGUUUCUCCCCAAAUGUAAAAAGAUGCUUACUUUUUAAUGUAAAACAAUGAUUUCCCAGUCAUCUAUUAUCUAAUGGUCUGAUUCUUUAUUUUUCCACUAACAUAUUGGAUUUUCUUUAAUUAUUGAUUGAUGAACUUCUCCAAGAUGACCCAAGAGACCGAUUGAAAUGACUUGAAAUGAAAUGUCACCUAUAACGAGAUCUCUUACCUGGAAGUCCACCUGAAAGUACACACGACAACUUAACUUAUUUACUGAAGGGUUUGAGUGUUACACAUUUACCAAUUCACAGCGUUGCCCUUCUGUCAUAGUAAGGCUCCAGUAGAAAGAGGAUCACCACUGUGCACUCCUCCAGCCCCACGAGCAGAUACUCCGUAUCAGUGUGCAAUACAUGCUAAAGUGAAUCGUGAAAUACAAACCAUGAUAUAAAUAUAUGCUAUUGUUGAAAACUGUUGUUAAUGGCUAAAAUCUUAAAUGAAGACUAAUUUCUUUUUUUUAAAUGUGUUGAAGUUAUUUUGAAGUUCUGUAGGUUUUAAUAGCACUGUUGAUCAGGGACACUGGCUAAAGUUAAGAAAAGGGCAUCACUAUUAAUGCCAUCCUGUCAUGUUUCUUGUUCCGCUGUUUGAUGUCUUUGCCACAAUUAUUACUUCCCUUAUGGGACAUAAAAGUUUCAAUGCAAGACAGUCAUUGUUGAAUAUCAUAAAUAUGUAAAUGAAAUGUAUGUUCCCUCUUAAGCCAUUCUUUAGUUUUGGCCUUGUUCUGUGUCACCUAGUGUUAACUGGGUGUUAAAUGAAACUAACCGCUGAAUUAAACAAGUUAUGCUACAAAAUGCAUCGUAGGUAUGCAUUCUUUACACUCUGUGGAGUGGGGUAAUUUUAUUCUGCGAUAACUUGCACACAUUGAGCUAUUAUAAUAUCAACAAUUCUAUUAAAACAUUCAAAUAUU